UCUUCUGUCUGCCUGAACUGGAGAGGCAAGGGAAGGUCCUUUUGGUGCUGGCAGGGAGGGACUGUCAUUUUCACUUCCUCAUUCCCCUUGUGCAGCAGCAGAAACAACACCAACUUGCUGAGAAAUGGAUUGCUCUUCACAGAGAAGAGCCAGAAUCUGAAGCAAAGGGAUGCCAGCUGGCUUGCUUCUUCCUUGCUUGUUCUCUCUGCGGCCAGUGGUACCCUGAAAAGAAGCAGCAGCAGAAGGCUGGCAGGUGUUGCGAAUGGGCAAAGCCAAGAUGGAAGAGGAAAGGCGGAUGACCAUCCAGCAGGAGAAUCAGGACCGCUUGAGGCAUGGCAGUCCAGAAGAAGAGCUUCAGAGCCUGGCGUGGUACCAUGAUGGUCUUACUCGCCAUGCAGCUGAGGCCCUUCUUCUCUCCAAUGGCAGUGAUGGAAGUUAUCUCUUAAGGAAGAGCAAUGGCAAAGCUGCCCUAUUCUCUCUCUCAGUGAGAGCAAAAGAUUCUGUAAAACAUUUUCACGUCGAGUACACUGGAUCUUCAUACAAGUUUGGCUUCAAUGAAUUUCCCAGUCUGAAUGAAUUGAUCAAACAUUUUGCAAAUCAGCCUUUGAUUGGCAGUGAGACAGGCACUCUGACUGUACUGAAGCAUCCAUAUCCUAGGAAAGUAGAAGAACCUUCCAUUUAUGAAUCUGUGCGAGUUCACACAGCAAUGCAAACAGGGAAAACAGAAACUGACCUUGUUCCCAAUGCACCCUCGUUGGGCACAAAAGAAGGCUACUUAACAAAGCAAGGGGGAAUAGUGAAGAAUUGGAAAACCAGGUGGUUUACAUUGCACAGGAAUGAGCUAAAAUACUACAAGGACCAGACGUCCACAGAGCCAAUCAGAGCACUUGACUUAACAGAAUGUUCAGCAGUACAGUUUGACUAUUCGCAGGACAAAAUUAAUUGUUUUUGCUUAGUAUUCCCAUUGAGGACAUACUAUCUCUAUGCAAAGACUGGAGUGGAAGCGGAUGAGUGGAUCAAAAUAUUACAGUGGAAACUGUCACAGAUAAGGAGACAAGCACGCCAGCGUAAUUCUACAUUCAGUCUCUAGCUAUUUCCACAUGCAAUCAGACCGCAUACAGACCUAUUGAAAUAAGAGAAUGCACAAAAAAGUAUAGACUACCUAUAAAAGAGACAAACCUUCAGUUCCUGAGUAUACUAAAGCUAUCAAAUAUUAGAAGAACUGGGGAAGGCAAAGUCUUGCAGCACAAGAUUUGCUUUCCUCCUUCAUACUCAUGCUUGGAGAUCUCUAUCUGGGAGGCGAAGUCCUAAACACCUUGAGGACCAAAGACUGGGAAUCACGAAGGUUCUACCUUCUCCAACUUCAGAAUUCCUGUGCCAGUUCAGAAGAGAAAUUUAUGAAACUCUGCACUGUUUUCUCAACAUACCCAGCAAUGUACCCACACCUAUCCUCCUAGGAAACUCCUGAGCAAGAUGGAGAUGAUGUGCUUUUUCUUUCUCAUCUGUUAUGCAGAAAGUGACCGGCUUCGAAGGUGGAUAUUCAAUUUUAGUUAAUAGUCACCAAAGAAAUCAUGUGCCCUCUGCAUUUAUUUGAUGCUCUUUUCAUCUCACUGUAGCCAUUGGUCAUCUGUAUGUUUCCAUGUGGCAAUGACUGUUGGCAAUAACUGGCAACAACCGUUUUUGUAUAUUCUACUCCCUACAGCAUAAGUCACUUCAGUGCAUCUGCUGCAUUGAAUGAAUGCAUUCCAAGUUUUACAGUUUUAGUCAACAUAAGGAGUUUGGAUAUUUCACAGCAUGAGUCAUUGAAUUGACAGUGAAGAUGUUAUAAAUGUGGUAACCUCAGCAUGUUCCCAGGUGAUUUUGAAUUGUAAACAAGCAUAAACAUAGAAAAAUAAGGCAUUCCCUUGGAUCUUUAGAUGAGCACUGCUAUUUAGUUUAGCCUUGUGUUGUUUUCAGUUGUCAGAUGCUUAUGAGUAGAGCCUGGGCUUGUAUUGGAGUAUGUGUGGGACAUACUUUAAUGCGUUAUGCCAAUAGCUUGACUUUCCUACACACUUUAAAGGGCAGCAUUAAGGUAUAGGAAGUCAUGGUUCUUGGGUCUGAAGUAUUAUGGAAGCAUCUGACAGCAAAGACAGUUGGUAGUGUGCACAGAGGAAACGUCCUGCACCUAUAGAUGAAUGGGUACAAUUACUCAGAGUAUUAUUGCCUCACGUAAUAAGAUGACCAGUGGUUGUUCCAGCCUAGUAGUGAAGUUACUUUUGUAUUUUUAAACCUUUAUGGAAGCAAUAGUAGUAUUGUGUGUUUAGUUUCUAUUUAAUAUUGUUCUGUGUUUGUAGAACAUUUUUAAAUAUACUGUGAAUACGACCAGUUAGAAUGUGUACACAUCAGGACCACAUGAAGGAAGAUGUGCACAUAUGUUUUGGGAUGGAACUGUAUUAAGCAUUUUGUACUUUUACUGCAAACUUUCUAAUAAAUUGAAAACAAUUAAAAA